UGCCGUCAUCAUGACUGCAACGCUGUGGUCCGGCCUCCUGGUCGCCUUCGCGGGCUUCUAUCUCGCGACUCUCCUUUCGGGCCGCAAGAAGAACCACCCGCCUCUGCCACCGGGUCCUCCCCGGAAGCCCAUUAUCGGUAAUCUGUGGGAUCUGCCAACCCCCGACCAGCAGGACUGGCAGCACUGGCUGAAACACAAAGAACUCUAUGGCCCGAUCAGCUCCCUCAGUGUGAUGGGAAAGACCAUCAUCAUCCUGAAUGAUGCCCGCCUGGCCGUGGACUUGAUGGAGAAGCGAUCCGCAAUCAAUUCCUCACGUCCGGAGCAGACCUUUACCGAGCUGACCGGCUGGGACGAGAUCCUUGGAUGCGUCAAGGACCCGGAACGCCACCGGCAGACUCGCAAACAAAUGCAUCGCGAGAUCGGGUCCAACAAUUCCGUUGCCCGCUUCAAUCAGAUCCAGACGGCGGAGGCCGGUCGAUUUCUGCUGAGGGUGUUGGACGCGCCGGAUGACCUGCUGCACCAUAUCCGGAAGCAAGCCGGUGCGGUCAUCCUCAGCAUUGGGUACGGCUACACCGUCGAACCCCACGGUCAGGACCCCUUGGUCGAGCUGGCCGACCGGGCCAUGACGGAGUUCUCCAUUGCGUUGCUGCCGGCCACCUGGCUGGUGGACUUUCUUCCCAUCUUGCGAUAUGUCCCAGCCUGGUUCCCCGGCGCGGGCUUUGUAAAGACCGCGCAGGGCUACAAGAAGAACGUGACCGACUUCACCGACAUCCCCUAUGGGUUCGUCAAGCAGCAGAUGCGCAGUGGCAGCUUUGUGCCCUCCCUCCUGUCCAACCUCCUCCAGGACAACCCCGUCCCGUCCGGGUCCGAGGACGAGAACACCGUCAAAUGGUCCGUUGGGUCGCUGUAUGCCGGGGGGGCAGACACGACGGUUUCGACAAUGUCAAGCUUCUUCCUCGCCAUGGCACUCUUCCCGGAGGUGCAGCGCAGGGCCAAGCAGGAAAUCGACUCCGUGGUCGGCAGCGACAGACUGCCACAGUUCCAGGACCGCGACAAUCUGCCCUAUAUCAACGCGGUGGUCAAAGAAGCGCUGCGAUGGCACUCCGUGGUGCCCAUGGGUGUCGCGCACUCCUCCACGCAGGAUGACACGUUCGAGGGUUACUUCAUCCCCAAGGGGUCCUCGAUCCUGAGCAAUAUCUGGGCUUAUACCCAUGACCCGAGCAUCUACCCGGACCCCACGGCCUUCAAACCGGAGCGAUUCCUUGCCUCCGACGGACACCCCCCCGAGCGAGACCCCCAUCUCCUCGUGUUCGGAUUCGGCCGGCGAGUCUGCCCCGGGCGCACGUUGGCGGACGCAAAUGUUUACCUCACCAUCGCCCAGGUCCUGGCCGUGUUCGAGAUCUCGAAGCCCGUGGAGGACGGCAAGGCCGUCGAUCUGGUGCCGAAGUUUAUCCCGGGGGUGAUCAGCCAUCCGGCGCCGUAUAGGGUGUCUGUCCAGCCGCGGAGUGAGGCGCAUCGGGAGUUGAUUCGUUCCGUGGAACAGGAGUAUCCGUGGGAGAAGAGCCAUGCGGGAGAACUGGCGAAGGUGGCAUUGCCGCAGACGCCGGUGGCUUGAUGGUCUGAUGGUCUUGUGGCUGAGAGAGACUGCCUGUGUAGAGGCGACUGAGGGACGAGUUAGUGUCCAAAGCCCCGUGCGAUGAGUAUUGUUGUUGUCGUAGUCUAUACUGCGAGAGGGAGAAUGUUACAUCGUGGAGAAAAAGAGGAGUUGACACCUAUAUACAUUCGAAUCGUAAGAUGCAAGAUCCGGGGAUCCAGACGGGUCUUCUUACAAAUUUACUUCGUGUUUAUCCUUGUUUCUGCAUGCCGAGGCCCUCCAUCAUCCACGCAUCGAACAACAGAUCCACGGCGGAAGGUCGAUCCUCGGCAUUCCACUGCAAGGCUGCUCGCAGCCACCGCAGAAACCCUUCUUUGUCCUUCCCCCUGAUGUCACCCGCCAGGCUUUCGAGGGAGAUGUCGGGCAGUGGCGCCAAUUCCUUCCAG